CCUUGUAUCCAUCAUCUUCAACCUCUUGAAUUUUCAGAUCAAAAUCGUAGUAACUCUACAGUCUCUACUGUAAUUUUCUUCAAUGGCGACUUCAAGCUCUCUCAAGGCCAGUUCCUCUCUGCAUCUCUCCAAUCUAAUCAAGUCUGUCUCACCUUCUCAAACCCAAAGGUUGUUGGGUUUCAAUCUCUCGCACUCAUUCCCGAUCAUCAAGUCCACACCAACCCACCAUGGCUUCUCAAACUCGAAGAGCUUUUCCACUGUAGCUUUCUUCGGCCAGAAGCAGAAGACUGCAGAGCCCUCUUCAAGACCCACAAAAUUUCAAGAGCUAAAUGUGUACGAGAUCAAUGAGCGGGACAGAGGUAGCCCUGCGUACUUGAGAUUGAGCAAGAAAGAAGUCAACUCACUGGGAGACCUAGUCCCAUUCAGCAACAAGAUCUACUCGGGCGAUUUGGAAAAGAGGCUGGGAAUCACAUCAGGGCUAUGUGUGCUAAUCCAAAACGUGCCGGAGAAGAAAGGUGACCGGUACGAGGCAAUCUACAGCUUCUAUUUCGGGGACUAUGGUCAUAUUUCAGUACAAGGGGCCUAUUUGACAUAUGAGGACACCUACUUGGCUGUUACUGGUGGAUCUGGGAUCUUUGAAGGUGUGUACGGACAGGUGAAGCUGAAGCAGAUUGUGUUCCCUUUCAAGCUGUUUUACACGUUUUAUUUGAAGGGUAUUGCUGAUUUGCCGGCUGAGCUUACCGGGAAGCCGGUAGCUCCGUCUCCUACCGUCGAGCCUUCUCCGGCUGCCAAGGCCACAGAGCCUCAAGCAACUGUGAAGAACUACACCAACUGAGAGUUUUAAUGUGGAACAUCAAAAUUUAAAUUUUUUGUGUUGUAUUUUUCAUGUAGCACUAGAUUUUGGGUCUCUUUUAUCGUUUGUAUUUUUGUUCCUGUAUGAGAAACUUCAAGCCCCCUGCAUGUUUAGAUUACAGUUUCUGAUAUUGUAUCGAAGAGCCGAAGCUAAUAACACUCCUAGGUUAAGAUCGA